AUGAACGAUGAGCCGAGUCAGCCGACGGUUCAUCUACGUGCGAUUCCACCUAUUCGAUUCCUACAAUCCAACGGUAACUCGGCAACGGCAAGGGGCUCAACGGGUGAUUUCAGAAUGAUGAUUCCUAUGCGUCGCCGACUUAAGUUCUGUUCUGAUUUCGUGUUCAAGUUCAUCAUCAUCCAAGUGGUGGGUUUAGGGCAGCAACAAAAAGGUGUAGUGAAGUAUUUUGAAAAGUAUAGGAAUGAAGGGUUUGCAUCAAGUAUGGAUACUGCUAAAACAAUAGCAUGUGAAAUGAAUAUAGAUCCUACAUUUUUAAUUAAGCGUCGUAUUAUUAGGAAAAAACAAUUUGAUGAGAAUAACAGUGAAGAAGAAAUGCAAGCAUCGGAAGAGGAAGCUUUUAGAGUUAAUUAUUUUCUAACCAUUGUGGACAUGGCAAUUUCUUCAUUGAAUAAUAUAUUUGAACAAUUAAAGAAAUUUGAAAGUAUUUUUGGAUUCCUAUUCGAUUCUGAUAAACUAAAGUCAUUGGAUGAAAAUGAAUUGAUGAGAUCUUGUGUUCAUUUUGGUGAUACCUUUUAUCAUAAUACUGUGGCGGAUGUGGAUGUAAAUGAUCUUUAUUCUGAAUUAAAGGUGUUGCAGGUGACUUUGCCAAAUAAAUCAAUGACGGCAAUUGAAAUUCUUGAGUUCGUCAAAGUUGUAGAUUGUUACCCAAAUGUUUCGGUUGCUUAUCGAAUUAUGUUGACAGUACCUGUGACCGUAGCAUCUGCGGAAAUGAGUUUUUCCAAAUUGAAGUUAUUGAAGACGUACUUGAGGUCAUCAAUGUCACAAGAAAGAUUGAAUGGAUUGGCAAUAUUGUGCAUUGAAAAAGACAUGUUUGAUAAUAUUGACUUAGAUGUUAUUACUGAUGAUUUUACAUCCAAAAAUGCUCGAAGAAUUUGUUUUGUAUGA